AUCUAAUCAUAGUCUCCCAAUUCUAUCCCGAACACCCCUGAACAUUCAUCAUCAACUCAACGACACUAUAUAUGUGAUCACAUGACCACAAUCCGCUUAUCGUAUCUAAUCUCCUAGUGAUAUCGAAAAAUUCAAAGAUUUAUACAUCAACACCCCAAACCUCCAUUGCUCAUCUCACAGGGCCAUACACACUCCCACGAGCCCUCAGUCCACCGAUACCACCAUAGCGAACAUACCUAACCAAUAAAAAACGGAAACUAACACACCGCGCACCAGCAAACAUCAAGAAGCAUAUCCAACCCCACUAUAUAAAUCCGCAACCAACAAAAACCACACCCCCACUAAGAAAUCAAAUCCGCGCCAGCACUUCUCCCAAGUACCAGUCACAGGAAAUCCUCACAAAGCGCCACAAUGUCUCAACAAGAGAACCAGCCGAACUCCUCCUACCUCGACCUCGGCAUUACGCUCGCAAUCCACAACUGGCCCGCUCUCACGCUAGCCGUGCAGUCGAACUGGGGCGGCCCAACGUCAUCCGAUAAGCGCGAUUGGCUCUGCGGUGCCAUUUCUGACAUGCUGAAUGAUCGGCCGGAGACGGAUGCGGAGGAUCUCGAGGACGUGCUCAUCCAGGUUAUGAAUGAUGAGUUUGACGUGGUUAUUGACGAUGAGAGCGCGGUGCCUGUUGCGGCUGAGAUUAUAGAGGUGAGGGAGUUGGUGGCGAAAGGCGAUAUCGGUCCUAUUAAGCAGAUGUGGGAGAACUACCAGACGAAGAGUCAGCAGAAGGCUAGUAAUGUUGCGGCGGCUUUUAAGAGGGGCGAGGAUGAGGACCAGGAUUCUGAGGAUGAUGAUGAGGAGGAGGAUGAGGAAGAUGUUGAUAUGGGGGAGGCUCCUGCUUUGGUUAGGGCUCCGAAGGAGAAGGUUGAACCCGAGGUGGAUGAAGAUGGGUUUACUAAGGUUGUUGGAAAGAAGAAGCGGUGAUUUAUCCUUCUUUUUAUCUUCGUUCCGUGUUUUGGUUGCUAUGAGCUGUUUAGAUAUAGAUACUUUCUGCAUGUCCAUAUGGGUAUUA